AUGAAUCACCUUACUGAAGAGGAUAAGAACUAUUAUUUAUGCAAUGUAAUGGUUCAUGAAAUUCACGAUACCUUGCACUCUUUGCACGAUAUCGCUGAAGAUAAAGUUGUGAAGGGUGAGGAACUUUCCACAAAGGAAGUACAAUUUAUUAAGGACCUAACAGAGCAAUACAGUACAUCAUUGGAAGAUAUUCUACCAGAAUUGGAAUCAAUGACACAAUCUAAGGACCAUGUUAUAAUCAUGGAUUCUGUUGUCGAAGAUGGAAAUAGUAAUAGUAAAAAAAAGAUGGAGUUUAUGGAAUUGAAAAAUAAUUUACAUGCAUUAAGUUUGGACAUUAUUUCAAAAUUUGAAAACACUCAUAUUGCAAUGGUUAACGAGCAAUUUUUGUACUAUUGUGUUGUCAUUGUUGACAACAUGAAAAUAAGACAUUUGUUCUUGACUAGUUAUAGAAUAUACCUCACCUCUCAAGAUUUAACCAUUAAGAAAGUAAUUGAAUUGUAUGACUUGUUGAAAAUAUCGAAAAUUCAAAAUGAAAAUAUAACCAUAUCAAUAAUUGGAAAUAGAGGAAUGAACAUAUUCUCAACAGAUAUUGCUAAACUUAGAGAUGAAUUAUUCAAGGCAACAGAUUUGUACAAGACUCCUCUGCAAGAUACAAACCAUGGCAAUAAUACCGCAACAACAUCUACUAUGAAUAUCUCAAAUAAUAACAUUACAAGUCCAAACUCUGAAGAUGGUGUAAAAAUUCAAGUGCUAAUUCGUAAGGCUGAUAAAUUGAGACCUUCUCCAAAGAAAAGACAAGAUAACCCAAUUUUCUAUAUGGGUAUUGGAAAUCCUGAACACUUUGGUCAGAAUCGUGAUGAGAGAUUGAAAAGUAUCAGUGUAAAGUCUGGAAGAUCUCCAGAGUGGAAUGAACAGUACAAUCUUACUAUCUAUCCAAAUAAUGAACUAUUGUUAGACGUUAGGUUGUAUUCUAAAGUUGGUGCAACAAAGAAUGAUUUUGCCUAUGGUGUUGUCAAUAUCCCACUCAAAGAAAUUCUCUUCCCAAAUGACAGUAAUGAGAUGAAACCAGAACUAAAAGGAAAGUGGGAAAUUUGGUGUGGUAUGAGUAAAACAGACAAUAGUAGAAAAGAAGUGAUUGGCGACUUGUAUGCAACAAUCAAGUUAGAGAGUCAAGUGUUACCAGAAUGGCUCAACUCCCAAAAACAAGUUUUCCAAUUGCCACUCAUUUGCUUGUACAAUAGAUUUGUAAUCUUUGAAAAUUGCAAUGAAGUUCCUUAUGUUUAUGGUAAUAUUUCUGAUGAGAAGAGUGAAAUUGUUGGAAUAGUCCAACAAUCUUCCAAUAAUCUUACCAAUUUAAUUGACACAAAGAAUCGAAAGAAGAUUUACACUUUGGAAAAGAGUUCAUUCUUGAAAAAGGAAUACACAAUAAGAGAUGCUCAAGGACAUGUAUUUGCUAAGUGUUUCCACAAGAUGAAAACAAUCAGAAAGAAAAAGAUUAGAAUGUACCUUGUCAAUGGAGAAUAUUUGUAUUCUAUGGAAGGAGGUUGUUUUGAUGAUAAGAAGAAUAAUAAUGAAGCUUUGAUUUUGAACAGUUUGGGUUAUCCAGUUGCUAGUGUUUUGUUUGGUGACAAGAUUAAUCCAAGAGGAAAUAUGAUGAUAGUCACUGUUUUAGAUUCUCUGGUAGAUCGACCUUUAUUAGUAACUUUUUGUUUGUAUGUGUUGAGAACAAGUAAUUAAAUAUAUUGUAAAAUAAUAAAUUAUCUAGAAACGCAAAAGGAAAUCAAAUAUUUCAAGUCUGUAAGUACAUAUUUACAUGAACGAGUCCAGUUUGCAUCAU